UGUUUAUCUGUAAACAAAAGAGAAGUCGAAUGUAAUUGUAUUAGUUUAAAAAUUAUAGAAAUUAUUAUUUACUGAAAUAAAAAAUAUUAUUGGCAAAGAAAAUUGAAAUAAUUUAUAACACCAGAUAAUAGUCGUGAUUAUAUUGAUACAAAAUGCAUGAAAGCAUAGAUGAUAUAUGUAAAGCAAUUGAUGAAAACUUACUGCGUAACCUAGAGCUAAUGGAAGAAAAAGUUAAGACUAAUGUUCAAAUGGAAAAUAUAUUACGCGAUGGUUACAUUGAAUUAGCUAAAGCUAAGUAUAUACGUGGCAAAGAAAGUAUAAGUAUAUUACAAGUUCCUGCUGAUGAUGAAAAGGUAGCCACAUUAUUCGAAUUAGAAACAAAAUUAACUGAAGAAACUGGCAAGAUAAUUCCAAAUUUUGACAUAAGCUUGAAAAAAACAGACAAAGAAGGAGAUGACAUUCAAGAUCCCAUAAAGUGGUUUGGUGUGCUGGUCCCUCAAAGCUUACGAAUUGCUCAAAAACGUUUUCAAGAAUCUCUGUAUCUUGCUGUAAGAGCAGCAAAUUUACAAGCUGAAAUUACUUCUGUAUUAGAUAAAUUACAAUCCUUGUACUUUUUAAAGCAUGCUUAUUGUCCAAAAUCUGUGAAUAAAAGUUAAAAAUUA